ACCGCAUUGAUCAGACAGAUAAUAUUGAUUGAUCGAUUUAAAUGCGAACCUACUGUGCAUUGCAAAUGGAAUUCGGUUGCUACGACAAGGAUUCGGGCGAAGUGGAGUGCUACGUCGAAAUACCAAAUCCAGAGGCAGCUGGGUGUGUGGAGAGAUUCGCAACAUUCAUGUCACUUCUUUUGGUCAUUAUUACUUUCCCAUUCUCACUAUUUGAAUGUUUUAAGGUUGUUCAAGAAUUUGAAAGAGCGGUAAUAUUUCGACUGGGACGACUCAGAAAAGGUGGUGCGAGAGGUCCAGGUCUAUUUUUUGUCUUACCAUGCAUCGAUACGUAUAGAAAAGUGGACUUGAGAACUGUAUCGUUUGAUGUUCCACCGCAAGAGGUUUUAACAAGAGAUUCCGUGACGGUAGCAGUAGAUGCAGUCGUCUAUUACAGAAUAAAAGAACCCUUAAAUGCCGUCGUUAGAGUUGCUGAUUAUAGUGCAUCCACUCGUCUUCUAGCUGCCACAACUCUGCGCAAUGUAUUGGGCAUGCGAGACUUGGCUCAGCUGCUCUCAGACCGGGAAGCCAUCAGCCACAUGAUGCAGGCCAACCUAGAUGAAGCCACAGAUCCCUGGGGUGUUGAAGUGGAAAGAGUUGAAAUUAAAGAUGUGAUACUGCCUUUUGAAUUACAAAAGGCAAUGGCAGCAGAAGCGGAAGGAUCGCGAAUCGCUAAAUCGAAAAUAAUCGAGGCAGAAGGAGAGAUCAAAGCCGCUGAAAAUCUUAGGGAUGCUUCAAAAAUCAUGAUGGAGAAUCCCAAAGCCAUGCUGAUCGGCGGCGGCCGUCUCUCUCGGUUUCACUCACUCCAAAAGACGUUGAAAAGGGAUCACCAAAUAUUUUCAAGCCUCGUCUUCAACUUAACAAAGAUUAGUCGUCAAUUUGAAAGAGCUGUCAUUCUAAGGAACGGAAAAGUCCAUAAGAAUAAAGCUUUUGGCCCUGGACUACUUUUUUAUCUACCUUGUGUUGACUCUGUUAAAUUCAUAGAUUUGAGGACAUUCUGCUAUGAAGUGCCACCACAAGAAGCCUUGACCAAGGAUUCUUUGACUGUGUCUGUAGAUGCAGUUGUGUUCUAUAAAGUUUUUGAACCAGUUUGGGCCGUUAUCAAUGUUAAUAACUACAGAAUCGCUACACAGUUUUUAGCGUCGACAACUUUGCGAAAUGCUUUAGGUACCACCAAACUUAGCGAUGUGCUUAUUAACAGACCAGUAAUUAGCAAACAAGUACUAGAACUUAUGAAAAACACCACUAAGGAAUGGGGUGUUAAAGUUGUUAAAGUUGAAAUAAAAGACAUCAGACUACCACUGCAGUUGCAAAAGGCAAUGGCCGCUGAAGCUGAGUCGACAAGAUUGGCUAAUGCUAAAAUAAUUGUUGCCAAGUCAGAAAUAGAAACGAUAAGAAAUCUUCAAGUAGCAACCACUUUGUUGAUGGAGAAUCCCAUGGGUAUGCAACUUCGCUAUCUACAAUCCUUGCAAUUGAUUGCCGGAGAAGGAACGCACACAAUUGUAUUCCCAUUUUCAUUUGAAAUGUUCCAGAAGCUGUUUAAUAAAUAAUUUUUUUGUUUAA